AUGACAAGGAAAAGUGUGGCCACGUCGUGGGAGCGCUCGGCACACACAGCAGGACGCUCGCUGGCGCUGCGCGCUCAGCUCUUAACCAAGCAGAUAGCGCGCAGACAGAGGGAGAGGAGCGAGGACGGCGGCAGCAUCCCGAUCCUACUAACAGUGGUGGUCAUCUUCCGGAUUCUAAUCGUAGCAAUAGUUGGAGAGACUGUCUAUGAUGACGAGCAGACCAUGUUUGUUUGUAACACCUUACAGCCGGGCUGCAACCAGGCAUGCUACGACAAGGCAUUCCCCAUUUCACACAUUAGAUAUUGGGUUUUUCAAAUCAUCAUGGUGUGCACCCCGAGUCUUUGUUUCAUCACGUACUCGGUGCAUCAGUCGGCCAAGCAGAAGGAGCGGCGCUACUCGACGGUCUAUCUGACGCUGGAUAAGGAUCAAGAUUCCCUGAAGCGAGACGAGAGCAAAAAGAUAAAGAACACCAUUGUUAACGGAGUACUCCAGAACACAGAGAACUCCACCAAAGAAGCCGAGCCGGACUGUUUGGAAGUCAAAGAGAUCCCUAAUGCGGCCAUGAGAACUACAAAGUCCAAAAUGCGGCGGCAGGAGGGCAUCUCCAGGUUUUACAUCAUCCAGGUGGUGUUCAGAAACGCGCUGGAAAUAGGCUUUUUGGUGGGCCAGUACUUCCUGUAUGGAUUCAACGUCCCGUCCGUGUACGAAUGUGACCGCUACCCGUGCAUCAAAGACGUCGAGUGCUACGUGUCCAGACCCACGGAGAAGACAGUGUUCCUGGUGUUCAUGUUCGCGGUGAGCGGGUUUUGCGUGGUGCUCAACCUGGCAGAACUCAAUCACUUGGGGUGGAGGAAAAUCAAAACGGCUGUGCGAGGUGUGCAGGCCCGAAGGAAGUCCAUCUAUGAGAUCAGAAAUAAGGACUUGCCAAGAAUGAGUGUGCCCAAUUUCGGGCGCACUCAGUCCAGUGACUCUGCGUAUGUGUAGCUCCAAAAACCUGUAAAAAAUGAAAGCCAGGAUGGACAUGAUGGACAGCUCCGCACGCCUAAUUCGUCUUAUGACUUAAGAGUGGGCAGAUUUUUUUCAUUUCGUGGUCUUUUAAGGACUCAUAGCAAGCGUGAACUCCACAUUUGUUGACUUAUUUAUUAUUGCACUGAUGCAACUUUUUAGUAACGUUUAUACUCUGUAAGAUGCGUAAAGGAGACCAUGAUAUAGCGUGUUCACAUAUUUACUCUUUGUGGGCUGUUCUGCUGUACUUGAAGAGAGUAAAAUGCAAAAAUUGCACUAAGAGGUGAACACUUGAGAGCUUGAUGACCUUAUCCAAAAUGUGCUACAGACCUGACAGUGUUUUUAAGACAUUUUAUUUCCAUCUUCUUUUGGCACAAAUCCAAAUAAAUGGCACCCUACACAGUGGUUAAAGGAAAAAUCUACAAUCCAGAUUUAUAUGUGCAUAGAUAUAUAAAUCCUACUUACUAUGGUUGACUUAAAUCAUCGUAAUUCAUGUUUUUUGUUGCCUGUGUUGCACCACUGACCUUAACAUAUGUAACCAUUCCAUCGCUUUAUAGCUGACUUGCAAACAGUACAUGGUAAAUUUGCUGCAAACGCUAACGUCUGUGACUUCCUUAAUUUAUGACACACCAAAGCGCCCACUGCUUUUAUUUGUGAAGUGUUUUCUUGCUUUUUUGUGUAAUCAAGUGCCAUACUUGUAUAUAAACAUGAUAUAUAUGUAUACAUAUAAAUAUAUAAAUAUAUAAUAAUCAUCAUGGAAGCUGAUUCCCUGCUUGGAUUUAUGCUAAAUGCCGCCCAAUUUUUUAUUUGCUUUAAAUGUAUCUGUUGUGAUUUAAAUGAAAAAGAAAAAAGUAUAAGAUAUACACUUUUCUCUGUUUUAUUU